AUGUAUACAGUGUGGUCGUCAUCAUGCCGGACCAUGGACCCUCACCGGAGGCUCGGCUACAACAACAACUUUCGCUUUUGGGUAUUGCCGCGCUCCAACAGAAGACUGAGCUUUCUUCUUUCUUCUUCCGGCAGCCACGAUAAUUCGCCGCCGUCUAAGCAACCGCCACUCAAUUUGGGCUAUGAUCCUUCCGAGGAGCUGUUUGGGAUAUCUGUUGAUUUGCAGCCAAGGAAGGUUGCUUCACCUGCGUCGAAAAAAUCAUGGUUUGGCCCAAAUGGUCUGUAUAUUAGAGAAUUGCCUUGCCCGAGUUGCCGGGGAAGAGGCUAUACUCCUUGUGCAGAAUGCGGAAUCGAAAGAUCCCGUUCAGAUUGUUCACUAUGUAAUGGAAAGGGUAUUGUUACCUGCAAGCAGUGCAAUGGAGAUUGUGUUGUUUGGGAGGAGUCGAUUGAUGAACAACCGUGGGAGAAAGCUCGAUCGGUUUCUCCCCUAAAAGUUAAAGAAGAUGAUGAAGUGGACAACUUGGAUAUAAAGCUGGACAUGAAGAAAAAGAAGAAGCGUGUUUAUCGUUCCCCUACUGCAGAAAUUAAUUUGAAGAUUAGCCGAUCAUUAAAAAGCCUCAAUGCCAAAACUGGAAUAUUUAGCAAGCGGAUGAAGUUAAUUCACAAAGAUCCGGUGCUUCAUGCUCAAAGAGUGGCUGCUAUUAAGAAAACUAAGGGAACAGCUGAUGCUCGGAAGCGUGCUUCUGAGGCGAUGAAAAGCUACUUUUCUGAUCCUGAAAAUCGUCGCAAGAGAAGCAUUUCAAUGAAAGGGAUAAAAUUCUUUUGCCGAAAAUGUGGAGGUGAAGGUCACAGGAGAAAUUAUUGUCCUCAGGCCAUAGACAGACGGUCGGUCCCUCGAUGGCUAGCUGUGGCCCGUCUCGACCGUGCUCAGGGCCUGCUGGCGCGGCAGUUCAUGAGCAAGCGCAGACCCUGCUGGGAACGGUCCCAUGGCUGGACGGGCGCACGGGCGCAGGACAAGCAGGUGCACGAGGUGCACGGGCGCGGUGCAGGGCGCAUAGGCACGGGGAUCCUGGUGCAUGAGCACGCACUCGGGUGGCACGUCGGCGGCACAGACACGAACAAGGGCGCACAUGGACACUGGGCCUCGGCAACGCAGCAUAGGCGCGAGCCCGGCUUUAGGCAGGCAACUCACCGGUCGGCCGACGAUUCUUCUGGCAGCCCUAAUUCAUUAGACUCCUUGUAA